AUUCGAUUGAUAUAUCCAAGAGGAUUCGAACAAAUUGAGAAAGUCCAGUCUUUAAAACUACAUUAAAUUACUGUAGUUUUCCUGUUCUCUUCAAUCUGAGGCAUACUGGACAUUGUAAGAUUUAUCGUAGUUUGACCAGCGGAAUCUGAAAGUAUGGCCUUGACAUGUGAAUAGCACCAACUGGGCAAUGCCUCCUGAUCCUUCCAAGGGCAGUGGUUCUAAAGAUAAAAGCAGACAAAAAUCUUCAAAAGACAAUAUCAACUUAUACGCCAUUCUAGAAGUAAAUAGAGACGCAACGGCUGAGGAAAUCAGAAAGUCCUAUCGUAGACUCGCACUAAAAUAUCACCCAGACAAAAACCCCAAAGAUUCUGGAGCUUCCGACAAAUUCAAAGAAAUCAAUAGAGCACAUUCUAUACUAGCUAACGAACAGAAAAGGAAAUUGUAUGACCGAUAUGGAGCUCUUGGAAUUUAUGUCGCAGAGCAUAUUGAUGAAGAAGACUGGAAGCCGUAUCUGGCUUUACACAACCCUUGUGUUCAGUGCCUUGCUUGUACCUGUUUCUUACUGACAUGCUGUUGUUGUUUUCUGUGUUGUUGUUACUGUUGUGGUAAACUUUAUCCAAAAACUCCUCCUGUUCCCGAUGAUAUGAAUGAGGCUUAUGAAGAACCACAUUUCGAUGUCCCAAUACAUAAUACAAAUAACAGUAAUAUGAAUUCAGAGAGUUUUGUCACUAAACAACCGAAUCCAGCUCCAGCUGUCAGUUUGUACACAGUACCACCGCCAACUACAUCAUCAUCGUCUUCAUGAUAUUACAACCAUUGAAAAAAAGUAGUUAAAAAUAAUAAUAAUAAUAAUAAUAAUAAAGUUUAACUUUCUCUACAUCAACUGAAGUUUUUUUUAACUUAUCCUUAUGUUAUGUACUAUUUGUCUUUCUUUCUCUCGUGUUGGACUGGUUCUGUCUCUAUUCUCUAUUCUGCCUUCCCAUCUCUCCCUCUCUCUCGUUUAAUAAUAUGAACAUUUUUUCAGUGUGUUUUUAAUUUCUUUUUGAAUUUUACGGUGUCUUUGGAUGCACGUUUAUUCCUCCUACUCUUCUGUAUAUUUUUCCUGUUCAUCACUCACUUUUGUCUAGUAAAACACUAUCAUGUGAUAGAUUGAAUUUGAAAUUAAAUUAUGUUAUUACAUCUUUCGUAUAUAUAUAUAUAUAUAU